GCACUUGUUAUGCACCAGAUCAGAGCAUCCUCAAAAUGAAGACCCUAAUCAUUCUCUGCAUCCUCUCCGUUUCUUUCCUUCCGCUCUCCAUCUCAGCUUUUCGUCCGCACAUCCGCCUCCCCACCCAGGAAGACUACCCCGGAAACCAGCCCGUGCUAGAUGUAGACGGCGACCCGCUCAUUUACGGCAACAAAUACUACGCCUCUCCGAACUUCAACCACAUCCUCGGCGUCACAGGCGGCAUAAGCAUGGACACUUACCUAAUCCAAGGAACCGGCCAAUCUACUUGCCCAAACGCCGUAGUUCUUAACAUCAGCGUCGUCAGCCGCCACACUUUCGCCGAACCCCUUCCCAUAGUUUUCUACCCCCUAGGACUCCAAGAAGUCAAGGAAAGCCUCCCACUGAACGCGGCGAUUUACCUUGAAGAGUCGGAUCCCUGUGCUAAUGAAACGGUGUGGAAGCUCGUCGAGCGGUCGGGGAAGCCGGUGAUAGGGACCGGCGGCAAAAUAGGUGACCAAGAUGAUGUUUCCAACUGGUUUAGGAUCGAGAAGCAUAGUGAUGACUAUAAUAAUAAUGGGUAUGUUUUCACCUUCUGGCCAACCCUUUGCCCUCACUGCAGCAGCAAAUACUGGCGUAUUGGCACCGUCGACGAACAGGGUCGUCAGUUGGGAAUCAAUGAUAAAAAUCCAUAUCCUUUUAGGUUCCUUAAAGCAAAGUAGGCUGCUGCUUUGAGCUGAUGACCACCAAGAAUCAUGCAUGGAAUAUAUUAUUAUUAUUAACAUAUAAAUAAUGGCGUCUGUACCCGGGAAGCCUAUGCUAGCUUGUAUCCCAUGCAUGCAACAGUGUUUGGUGAACUAAUAAUAUCAACUCCUUUUACUUUUUUGUGUUA